AUGACGCAAAGCAAGCUCCCAACCAAAACUAUUACCGUCGCAAACUAUCUCCUCACGCGUCUCCGCCAGCUAGGCGUCCAAUCGAUCUUUGGUGUGCCGGGCGACUACAACCUCCGACUCCUGGACUUCGUGACCCCCUCAGGUCUGCACUGGGUGGGGACAUGCAAUGAGCUGAACGCCGCCUACGCCGCGGACGGGUACGCGCGCAUCAACGGCCAAUCGGCGCUGAUCACGACCUUCGGCGUGGGCGAGCUGUCCGCCAUCAAUGGCAUCGCGGGCGCAUAUGCCGAGAAGGCGGCGGUGAUUCAUAUCGUCGGGACGCCGGCGCGCGCGCUGCAGGACUCGCGCACCCUGAUGCAUCAUACAUUUGCGGACGGUGAAUAUCGGCGGUUCGGGAAGAUGGCGGAACAUGUGACGGUGGCGCAGACAAAUUUGGUGGAUGAGAGGACGGUGCCGGAGCAGGUGGAUUGGGCGUUGAAGCAGGCGAUUUUGCACAGUCGGCCGGUCUAUGUGGAGGUGCCGGACGAUAUGGUGGAUGUGUUGGUAUCGGCGGAGAGGCUGGAGUUUGAAUUGGAGGUGCCGGGGUUGUUGGAAGUGGAUGGUGAGGACGAUGGGCUGCUGAAGGAGGUCCAGGAGCGCAUUUACCAGGCAACACAGCCGCUGAUCCUGGUCGACGGUGAGUGUCGACCUCUGGGGAUUCUCAGCGAGGUGGAUGAACUCGUUAAAAAGACCGGGUGGCCGACAUGGACCACGGUCUUCGGGAAAAGCCUGGUGAACGAAGAAUUGCCGAAUGUCUAUGGCCAUUACUCGGGGCCACUCGCAAGCGAAGAAUGGAAGACGUAUUUCGAGACGGCCGAUCUGAUCAUCAACCUAGGUCCGCAUUACAGCGACACCAACACGCAGGGCUUCGCGACCAUCCCGCGGGAAUCGGUUUCCAUUUCGUUUCUACCGGACCGGAUCCUCGUUGGCAAGGAGACAUUCCGUGAACUGCCACGUUCGUUUCUGCCCCGACUGCUGCAGAACCUGGACGGCGCUCGGCUUGCCGGAGUCACCGGCCCCCCUAAGCUCCGCCAUACCGACCUAGCAACCAUGAACCUUGAUAGACCGAUCACGCAGAAGACUUUCUAUGAUUUCGUCAACCCACUCUUCCGCCCAGACGAUCUCAUCCUCACCGAGACAGGGACUGCAUCGCACGGAGGACGGGAGUUCCAGCUCCCUCGAGACACACGUCUUUUCGGCGCAGUAACCUGGCUCUCGAUCGGAUACAUGCUCCCUGCGACACUAGGUGCCGCGAUUGCGAAGCGAGAAUUGAAAAAGGAUGAUAACGCCCGUGCCAUUCUCUUCAUUGGCGAUGGAAGCCUGCAGAUGAGCGUGCAGGAAAUCAGCACGAUACUCAGCGAGAAGCUCAACGUCAUUCUCUUCAUCAUCAAUAAUGCGGGAUAUACCAUCGAGCGGGCGAUCCACGGAAGAAAACAGGCGUAUAACGACAUUGCGGCGUGGCGGCAUGACCACGCACUGGGCUUCUUUGGGGCGGACCAGAGUCAGCUAGGGAACAACUUCAGUGCCAGAACAUAUCAGGAGCUACAAACCGUGCUUUCCGAUGAUCGAAUUCAGUCUGGAACUGGAUUGAGGGUCAUUGAAGUGUUCAUGGACAGGGAAGACGUGACGGGCCUUUUGGAGCGCCUGAUAAACCGUCAAAUCGCGAAGGAACAGAAACAAUAA